AUGACUGCAGCAGUUGUUCAUCCAAAACAAUCACUUAGAAAAAAAUUCUUUAAUAAAGAUAAUUCACCACCAGAAAUCUUUAAUAGAACCUUAUACAUUUCUGUUUUCAUCUUUGGUAUCUUGGGUUGUGCAAGAGGUUUAGAUGAAGGUGGCAUUAGUGGGUCCGUUGCUCAAAAAUCUUUUAAACAUCAAUUUGGUCUUGAUGAUGAAUCCAAAACUGAACAUUAUCUAGCAAAUUUGAAGUCAAAUAUCACUUCGAUGGUCCAACUAGGUUCUAUUGGUGGUUGUUUGAUGGCCUUAUACUUUGUUGAUAAAUUUGGUCGUAUUAGAACUUUACAAGGUGUUUGUGUCUUUUGGAUUGCUUCUGUUAUUAUUCAAAUCACUGCAAAAGAUGUUGGUCAAUUAUAUGCUGGAAGAUUGAUUGAAGGUUUAUCUAUUGGUCAAACUGUUGUUCUUGGUCCAACCUAUCUUUCUGAAAUUGCUCCAAAGGCUAUCAGAGGGUUAUGUAACUGUGUCUUUGCCGGUGCUGUUUAUUUUGGUAUCAUGAUGUCUUAUUUUUCUCAUUACGGUACAGCUUUACAUGUUUCAGCCAGUUCAAGAGUUCAAUGGGUUGCUCCAACUUCUUUGAAAAUCAUAUUUGCAGGUAUCUUAUUUAUUGGUUCUUGGUUCUGUAAAGAAUCUCCACGUUGGUUGAUGAAAAAAAAUAGAGUUGAUCAAGCUUAUAGAAAUUUAUCCAAAAUUAGAAAUUUACCAGAAGAUCAUCCUUAUAUCUUGAGUGAAAUUAAUGAUAUCCAAGAACAUAUGAAACAUGAAAAGGAAGUUAUGCAAGAUACUUCUGUCUUAGGUUUAUUCAAAGAAUUCAUCACAGUUCCUUCAGUUAGAUAUAGAUUAUUCUUGGGUCUUGGUAUUCAAAUCUUGGGUCAAUGGUCAGGUGCAAAUGCAAUCACAAUUUAUAUGCCAGAAUUGACUGCAUUGGUUGGUUAUACCGGUACUAAAAAAUUAUUAAUGACUGCUAUUUUAGGUGUUGUUAAAUUCACUUCAGCUUAUUUAACUGCUUUCUUCCUAAUUGAUUUCUUGGGGAGAAGAAAAUGUUUAUACAUUGGAUUAACUGUUCAAUGUUUAUCAACUUUAUAUUUUGCAGUCUUCAUCACCGUGGUGCCAAAAGUUUCAAAUGAUGAAUUCACAAUGACAUCUUCAGAAAAACAUGCAGGUGUUUGUGCUUUAGCAAUGUUGUACUUAAAUGGUGUUGGUUGGACAAUGGGUUGGAAUUCUAUUCAAUAUUUGAUUAACUCAGAGAUGUUCAAUUUGAGACAUAGAGCUAUUGGUACUGCUUUAAUCAUGACUUUCCAUUUUGCAAACCAAUUUGGUAACACUAAAGCUGUUCCAUCAAUGAUGAUUGCAAUGCAUCAUGGUGGUACUUUCUUCUUCUUCUUUGGUGUCAUCAUCAUUGGUAUGUUUUUCUGUUGGUUCUUUGUUCCAGAGAUUAGUGGUCGUUCCAUUGAAGGUAUGGAGGAAUUAUUUGAAUUACCUUGGUAUCUUAUUGGUAGAAAAGGUAGCAAAUUGGCUCCUGAUCAUUCUGCUGUUACUCAAGUUCAUUUCGAUGAAACUGGUCAUGGUAAUGCAAUGGGUGGUGAUAUCGAAGUCAAACAAGAUGAUGAGUUUGUUGAAAAUGUUAACAGUAGUGAUAAUGGAUUGAUGAAGAAUGCUCAGACUAAUAAUACAACUACUGAUGUUUCAACUGAAAAUGGUUCAAACAUUGAUUUGGAGAAACAGCAACGUGCUUGA